AUGUCUUGCUUCAGCAUAAGGUUUCCUCCAGCCAAGAAGGCAUGGAAAAGUUUUACUUCCAAACUUCAAACCAGACUACACAAGCUUCACAAAUCCAAAGCUUUCAAAAAACCCAAGAAUAAUGGGAAGAAGCUACAAAAAGCUGCUUCCAAAACUACAAGGCCUUCAUUGUUCUUAGGGCAACGCCUUCAGCUUAAGAGCAGCCGGAGACGUCGUGCUCUUCCUUUUGGGUACCAACGGUACUACCUCUCCGUUAAUAAAGCGGCGGCACCGGUUUACAUAGAUAAGCUGUUUAAAGAUGCGCCGGUGAGUGGAGUGGUAGAGUAUAUUCAUCAGCAGCCAUUAGAGAAGAACAAGAAGAAGCUCAUUGAUGAAGCUGCAGAGGCUGGAACAAGCAAUGAAGGAGAAAAGCAGGGAGAUGAUAAGUUGGAGUCGGUGGGAUUGGCAUCGCCUAUGCUGUAUGGAAUAGAUGCAAGAGCUGAGGAAUUCAUUGCAAGUUUCCGAGCAGAAAUGGAGCGUCAGGAAAUUAUAGCACGUAAUUUGUAG